AUGGAUAGAGUCACGCAAGCAAAGUAUAGUUUGGCGGGUUCUGGUCUCGGGAAAGUCGUAGCGAAAGCAACCACAGAGGAAAUCGGUGCUCCGAAGAAAAAGCACAUUGAUUACCUAGUAAACUGCAGUAAUGAACCUAAUGUCUCUAUCCCACUACUUGCUGGGCUUCUUGUGGAAAGGACACAAGAAAAAUCGUGGGUGAUUGUUUUCAAAGCUCUCAUAACUACUCACAACCUUAUGAAUUUUGGGAAUGAGAAAUUUUCCCAUUAUCUUGCCUCCAAUAACUGUCCAAUUGACCUUCCACAUUUUAAUGAUAAAACAAGCUCUCAGUCUUAUGAAAUGUCCAUAUUCAUUCGCAAGUAUUCAAAAUACUUGAGUGAAAAAGUUGCUUCUUACAGAGCUAUGGCUUUUGACUUUUGCAAAGUGAAACGAGGUUAUUGA